UCGACUUUCCCAUCUCUGGUACUGUUUUCCUGUCAAACGUCAAACGCAGUCAAACUGUCAAACAAGAAUAAUAAUAAAAAUCAAAUAAAAAUAAAGAAAUUGCAAACAAAAUCAUGGAAUCGGAAGAAAAUCAAAAUAUUUCGAAAGCGAGCCAGUCGUCAGCAAAUGAGAAAUUAGUCGGAGUUAAUGAUUUCGAUGAAGAGAAGUUACACGAAAUGACAGCUUCUUAUUCGGAGAUAUCGUUUGAUUCACAAUCUUCGCCACCAAUUUCCGAAUUACGUUCACUAAUUGGUUCACCAGACGCUGAUAGUGGUGGUUUAUUCAAAGAGAGAGUAGACGAAAUUUCCACAAGACCCGAUUGUUUGAGUUUAAAGAAUGAAAGAAAAAAUUGUCAAGAGGAUAAUUACUUUAAUCCACCGAAUUAUCACAAGGCAUUUGGUUAUUUACAAUUAGAAGGCACUGUAAUGCAAGAAGGUGACAUGGUACUUUUCGUUGCCGAGGAUUUAGAGAAUAAAAUCAAAUUAUCAAGUCCAGUGACAAAAAAAGGAGAUACACCAUCGUUUCCGGGGUCAAGAAGUCCGAGUUGUUUGUAUAGACAAGCACUCACUCCGCAGGUGCCACUCUUGGAUCAUAAUGUUCUAAAUGAACUUGAAAUGGAGGCUAGAAAAAUUGCAACCUCUGUCGAUUCUCUCACGGAGAAUUUGGCCGAAAUCUUACACAGUGCAUCAGCGUUAACAGUCGGUUGUCUGGAGACGUACAGAGAUACAGUUUGUAAAACUUGUGAUGCUGUGGAUCAUAACAUAAAGUCAAUGUAUCAAUUAAUGGCAAAGUGUGAGGAACUUUCGAAAUCGAUGGGCCCUAUUUACAAGUCAGCUGAAAAAGUGAAGGAAAUAAAAAGAAUGCUGGACCUAUUCGAAAACACAAUGACAGUAUAGAAGAGGAUUAUUAUUCAACAAAUUUUGUUUAUUAAUAAGAAUAUUUAUGAAAAAAAAAUCUAUUGAACAAAAUAUUUUGAAAAAUAUCAGAAAUACUUGCCACACGAGAACUGUGGUCAUCAUCUAUAAUAUUUAAUUAUAUUUAAACAAAUCAAAUAAAUUAUUUAGAUUAUUUAUAAA